AUGGGAGCGCCGCCGCUACUAGUGGAAUUUGCGGAGAAGCGUAACAUUGAAGGCAUCUUGCUCCUUCUCGAACAUCAUGCCGAUGUAAAUGCCGGCCCACCAAAAUACAACACGGCGUUGUGGGCAGCGGCAUCGCAAGGUGAUACCGCUCUUGUUGCAAUCUUGCUAGAAGCUGGAGCGGAUCCGGACUUGCGCAUCUGGUCGUCCACAACUCCGCUGAUAGAGGCAUGCUUGCAAGGCCACUCCGAAGUCAUCGAACUUUUGGUACACGGCAAGGCCGAUUUGGACGCUAUCGGCGGCCGCGACGGCUCAGCACUUAAUACAGCGAUCAGACAGGAUGAUGACCCCACCGUGCAAUUACUACUCCAGCAUGGCGCG